UCCAAAUUCACCGUUUUAUCAAAAGCAUCACAAGUAACCCCGCCGUAGCUCUUUAACUCCAAUCCAAAAUCAACAAUGGAGAACUCACCACCCAUCGAUAGAAUUAGCAACUUACCUGAUGAGUUACUUUGUCACAUACUUUCUUUCCUACCAAUCCAAUUUGCUAUCACCACCACCCUUCUCCUCUCCAAAAGGUGGACCCCACUUUUCAAAUCUUUCACAUCUCUCCACUUUUACUACCAAUCCUCUACUUUUAACGUAGACGUAGAUGCCUUUAACCGCUACCGUGAAUUCGUCCACACAGUAACUCUCACCACUCAAUUCAUCAUAAACUUUCACCUCCAUUGUUGUUCCACACAUUGGCACAUAUUCCCAGAAUCCCUUUUACCUUCAACCAUUCUAAGAUCUCCAACACUUAGGGUUCUCAAAUUGAAUAAUAUCAAUGUGCUUGGUAAUAUCUCUGUCGAUCUUCCAUCUCUUAAAACCCUUCAUUUGACUGGUGUUUGUUUCAAAAAUCAGGAGAAUUUCCACAAGCUUCUUUUUCGAUGUCCUGUUUUGGAAGAUUUGAAAACUAUCAUUUACUAUACAAAACGUUUUAGACAUUGUACUACUAUUAGUAUUACAAAGGACUUUAAAAUCUUGUCCAAGUUGAUCACAGCCGAUGUCUGUCAGUUUAAAUUUCCGAUGAUGGCAAUUCGUAAUGUCCGGUUCUUAGUACUCCAUAUUUCCGUGGGUCUUCAUGUUGGAGAUAUCAAUUUCGAGUGUCCUGUAUUUCAAAACUUAAUCCAACUUCAAUUACACAUUAGGAACUUUCAAAACUGGGAUGAUGUAGUGGAACUGCUCCAGUGUUGUCCAAAACUUCAAACUCUUACUAUUCAUAAGUCGGCAAUGAACAACAAUUUAUCCAUAAACUGGAGAGAUCCAAAUCCUGUUCCUGAAUGUAUUUCAUCUCACCUCAGAUCAUGUACGAUAAACUAUGAAGGAUGGAAAGAUGAACUUAAAUUUACAAAAUAUAUUUUACAGAAUGCUCGACUUUUAGAGGUCAUGAAGAUCAAACACAAACACAAGAAACCUUGUUUAGAAGAAUUAGCCUCGUGUCCAAUGAUUUCUUCAGAAUGUGAACUUUUGGUGACUUCAUUUUUUGAUACUUGAAGGACAUAUGAUUGUUUCCUCGUACAAAUGAACAGGCACUGCUAUCGGAGAAGUUUCCACGAUCUUGGUUACAUUCAUGGUAGCG